CUCCCUCUUCGAGGCUUCCGCUUCCGGUUCUGACGGACGCUUCGGCCGUAACGAUGAUCGGGGACAUCCUGCUGUUCGGGACGCUGCUGAUGAACGCCGGGGCGGUGCUCAACUUUAAGCUGAAAAAGAAGGACACGCAGGGCUUUGGGGAGGAGUCGAGGGAGCCCAGCACAGGUGACAACAUCCGGGAGUUCCUACUGAGCCUCAGAUACUUCCGCAUCUUCAUUGCGCUGUGGAAUGUCUUCAUGAUGUUCUGCAUGAUCGUGCUGUUUGGCUCCUGAGCCCCAGAUAUACGCCUUCCCGGGAACCAGGAACCAGGAACCAGGAACCAUCUUCCCAGAUGCCGGGUCUCCCUUCCUCCGUUCCUGAUGACUUCAAGAAUGGUUUUGACUGGAAAACCAGCGAUCUUCCCAGAAAGCCCAAGUUCGUGGUGGGUGGAAAAAAAUGUUCGCCAAGCUGCACACGGUUUCCCAGCCACGUCAUUGUUUUCUUUUCAAAGAUCUUUUCACUUUGGUCUCUCCUCUGAAAUGCUGACUACUUAAGGAGUUUGAGGAGGGCUUAUGGAAGGGGAAUGUGAUAACAUUGCAUUCCCUACGGAUAAAAGAACAUGUCUAGAUUGCUUUUUUAGAUUGGAAUUCCUCUUCUUCCAAGCUUCCGCUAGAAACCCAUUUCUGGAUAUUUCUCCGUUUAUUUUUAACAACCAUCCUUUUUGGUUCCAACUACCCAAGUUUUGAAAAAAUCAUUUUUAUCCAGGGAUCUGAAACAGAAGGGUUGGCUUUUGAGUUUGAUGGAACCUCUUUACUGGACUGUAUUUACGAAUAACAAGCAAGUUCAUUGUUGCUGGGCCUGUGUCCAAAUUCCUUUCCUGUCUCGAUGGGCUCUGCUUGGCCACUCAGUGCAGCUGAGGUCAUCCCUAGGACUUUAAGGGUGAAGUAUUACCGAUUCCCAUGGAAGAGAGGUACAGAGCAGGCAGAUGUGGGUGUUAGGAGAAACUUCGCCUUGCCUUGAAGCCCUCUGUUAAAGUCACUUUUGGGGCCAUUAAUUGUAUCAUUUUCGGAACGAGGGUGCCGUCCAUGGGGGGUAUCAGGACCCAGUUCUCAAAGUUUGGAAUUCCGGGUCUGAUUUUCAAGUGAGUGAUUUCAAGGUUGAAAAUCAAGAAGCCUCACUCGAGGAAAUCUAGCAUUUUGCACAGAAUCUUCAUUGAAAGGGAGGCCUUUUAUUGCCAAGACAAAAUGCCGGUGGUCAGCACCCAGAUCCUGCCGGUGUUUGAUUUGUUCGUUGUGGUUUUUGAAAUCCUGAUUUGUAGGUAAACCUGACGGGAGGAAGAAGUAACCAAGUAAACCUGUAGACUUGCAGAACUGAGUCGCAUUGAAAAUAAAGCUCAUUUCUAAAAAGGA